AUGUCUGGCCUCUUCCUACUAGCCAUCAUGGUAGUGCCCAAUGUCAUAGCAUUCCCAUGGGUGGCCGGCAUGUCCGGCGUCAGAUCUGUCUCUGAGAUUGAAGCUCAACUUGCCAAACGUCAAAGCACCUGCCCAUUUAAUGCGAACCACGUACCGGCUGCCCCAGCCACGUCGAAGUUCCCUUAUGCAGGUGCCAUCAACGGACUCCCCAGUACCCGUCCUGGGAACUUCCAAGUGCCCGCUAACGGAGAUACUGCCCAUGCAUUUGUGGCUCCGGGUCCCAACGAUAUUCGAGGACCCUGUCCUGGAUUGAACACUGCAGCAAACCACAAUUUCAUCAGCCACGACGGUGUCACAACUUUCACAGAGCUACUCGAUGCGCAGCAAAACAUAUACAAUGUCGGCUAUGAUCUUGCGGUCUUGCUAGCAGUCCUUGGCGUUGGCCUAGACGGAGACCCGAUUACAGAGAAGAUGUCCAUCGGAUGUGAUGCCACAAGUCGAACGUCAUUGACCGGUUCGCUUCUUGGCGCUGAAGGCGGUUUGGAUAGUCACAACAAAUUUGAAGGAGACGCAUCUCUAACACGUGCCGAUUUCUUCUUCGGUGACGACCACACAUUCAACGAAACCUACUUCGCCGAGUUGACAGCGCUCGCCUACAAGGGAGGCGACAAAACCGAUGUCAUCAACAGCUACUCAUUCAAUCAAACCGUUGUAGCCCAACACCAAUUCAACCGCUAUCAGAACUCAAAGGCCACGAAUCCCAACUUCUUUUUCGGACCCAAGGCCAUCCUGCUCUACGGCGCUGCAUCCUUCCUCUACGAGCUCUUCCCUUCCCAUGGUCCUGAUGGGGCACCCGGCUUCCUCGACCUCGGCUCCUUCUACGGCACCACUAAUCCCAACGCAAACGGCAAUGUCGUGUUCAACAACACGGAGCACGUCCCCAUCAACCCCACCGGUGGACCAGGAUGGUUCAGUCGCACCAACCCAUACAAUAUCAGCGCUCUUGUUCUUCAAGUCGUCGAUCUGUACACUGCACACCCCGUCCUCUUCGGCGGCAAUGUUGGAGUGGGGAAUUUUGACGCACUCAACUUCGGUGCCAUCUCCAAAGGCCAGUUAAGUCUCAGUCCACAAGAUGUAACGUGCCUGCUCUACCAACUUGCGACGGACGAUGUACCGGAUAGCUUAAGUUCGCUUCUGACCUUGCCGAGUGAGAUUUUGAAUUUUACUACUUCCAAGCUCAAUCCAAUCUUCGAGAACAGCGGGUGCACGCUGGCCUCGCCUUUGUAG